AGGAGCCUUGUCGGCCGCGGAGCCGCCCGGGGCCAGCGCCUUCGUCCUCUUGUUGCCGCGCGGGGCCGUACUGCGGCUGCCACAGCCGCCGCGGGUCCUGGAGAGGCGGCCGCGGCCGGGGAAGGGGGACUCGCGGUUCCAGCGAUUAACUGCUGAAGUACUGAUCGAGUGCUGUGUUUCUUCAAUGAGGAACUACAGGCUGAUCUUCUGCCAUAAUCUCAAACAGCCAUAAAUCACCAAAGGAUGCUUGCUCAGUGAGGAUAGCUGGUGCGGAAACCAUUUUUUAAACUUAGGUGUUUAAAUACGCGAAGGAAAGACAGCUUUGAUUUCUGGCUGCAAAAAAGAUAUGAGGAAGAGCUCCUCCCCUUCCUUGAGUAACUGCAACUCCGUUCUUGCUCACAAAAUAUUUGGAAUUCCACUUGAUGAGCUGCAGCAGGGAGGACAUCCAGACAAUGAGGUUCCGUUCAUAGUCCGUCAUGUAGUGGACUAUAUAGAGGAACAUGGAGGUCUGGAGCAAGAAGGACUUUUUCAAGUCAACGGAAACGCGGAGACAGUGGAGUGGCUUCGGCAGAGAUACGACAGUGGGGAAGAUGUGGAUUUGGUUAAGGAAGCCGAUGUGCCCUCGGCCAUUAGCCUGCUUAGGUUUUUUCUCCAAGAGCUUCCAGAGCCUGUUAUUCCUGGCAGUUUGCAUAUCCACCUGAUGCAGCUUUCUCGAGAUGAUAAUAACGAAGAUGAAUUUGGAAGAAAGCUGAGGUUCGUCUUGCAGCAGCUUCCACGUGUUAAUUACAGCUUGUUGAAGUUUCUGUGCAGGUUUUUAGCCAACGUAGCCUCUCAUCAUGAGGAGGUCUGGUCUGCGAGCUCUUUGGCUGCUGUCUUUGGGCCCGAUGUCUUCCACAUUUACACUGAUGUGGAAGAUCUGAAAGAGCAAGAGAUCGUAAGCAGGAUAAUGGCUGGGCUUCUAGAGAACUACUAUGAAUUCUUCGAGAGUGAAGAGGAGGACUUUUCAUCUACUAAUGAUUUGAGCUCAGUCACUGAACAGGCAGACAGCAGCGUUCUCCACAAGCUGGAGCCUGGAGAGCUGGCAUUUCACGGGGCCCUAGAGAGGGAAAUUCCCACAGUCCGAGGAGGAAGAGCUAUCAAUGAACUCUCGGAAGAAGACGAAGAAGAUGAAAAGCUUGAGCCAUCGGAAGAAAUUCCGGAAGAUUGCCCAGAAAAAUCCAACGAGACGCCAGAGCUGGUACACCUCAGGCUGACGGAAGAAAUCUUGGAAUCGAGUAGUGUCACAGCAUCCACAAGUGCCCACACGUCUCCCAUCAGCCUCUUGCCUGCUUCUGCGGACAUUUUAGAGCGAACAAUCCGGGCAGCAGUGGAGCAGCACCUUUUUGAUCUGCAGAGCAGCCUCGAUCAUGAUCUUAAGAAUUUACAGCAGCAUGGCCUGGUGUGUAAUAAUGAAGCAAAAAGUAUCCGUCAGGAUGGGGAAGAACCUGAUUGCCAGCCCGACAUGGCUGCUGGUCCCGUUAAUCCCACUGGAACCCUGGCUUGCACCUGGUUGGAAGAUGAAGCGGCGCCACCGGUUUUUGUAUUUGAGGAUGAAGGAAAUCAGCAGGCUGCAGGUAUUCUGUUAAAGCCAUGUGAUGGACAGAGUGGCGAAGAAGUUGCUGCCCAGAGGCAAGAGUGUGUGUUGGUGGAUGACAACGAUCAUGCUUCUUCCCAUUUGGUACUGGUUUCAGGAAGCAAGACUUGUGAUUUGAAUGCCAACAACGAAUCUGCCGAACCAGAAAGUGAAUGUGGUGUGGUCCCUGGGGAAGCGACAUGUCUGCAGACUCCACCCUUAGCUCUGAAGAAUGCGUCUGAUGGAGAUAAGUGGGAAGCGUCAGGUCCUUUCACUUUCCCCCUCAUUGAUUUCAAAACAAUGCACCUGCAGAGAGAUGGGGAGGAGCCAUUUCCUGCCUUUAAGUCUUGGCAGGCAGACUCUGAAUCUGGAGAGGCUCAGCUGUCCCCACAAGCUGGAAGAAUGAACCACCACCCUCUGGGAGAGGACUGCCCGCCCAUACUGUCGCAUCGAAGCUUAGACUUUGGGCAAAGCCAGCGCUUCCUCCAUGAUCCCGAGGCGUUAGACUCCUCAUUGAAAGCACUUUCUUUUGUGCGGACUCGGAGAGCGUCCUUCAGCUCCAAAGAUGACAGACGGGAUGAAAAAACACCCUAUCAGCUCGUGAAGAAGCUUCAGAAGAAAAUCAGACAAUUUGAGGAGCAAUUUGAAAAAGAAAAGAACAGUAAACCCUCCUACAGUGACAUAGCAGCCAAUCCCAAGGUGUUGAAGUGGAUGACCGAGCUCACUAAACUAAAGAAGCAAAUUAAAGAUUCCAAGCACAGAACCUCAGAGGGAGAAUUCGUGCCUCAAACCCGCCCACGCAGUAACACUCUUCCGAAGAGCUUUGGCUCUUGCGUUGGCCAUGACAGUGAAGGAAACCGAGACGAGCCCAGAGUCACCCAGAAGGAGAGGAAGCCCUCUAAAGAAGCCACUCUUGAACUGAUCCUGAAGAAGCUGAAGGAAAAGCGUGUUGAGAGAAGCCUCCCAGAGGACAUUAAAAAAAUGACCAAAGAUCAAAUGGCCGAAGAGAAAGCUUCUCUCCAGAAAAGCCUCCUCUACUAUGAAAGUCAGCAUGGGAGACCGGUGACUAGAGAAGAGAGACACAUCGUCAAACCUCUCUAUGACCGAUACCGACUCGUGAAGCAGAUGCUGACCAGGGCCAGCACCAUCCCCAUCCUCGGAUCCCCUUCCACCAAGCGGCGGGGUCAGGUGCUGCAGCCAAUCAUAGAAGGAGAGACAGCUCACUUCUUUGAAGAAAUUAAGGAAGAGGAGGAGGAGGAUGAGGAGGAGGAGGAGGAGGAGGAGCAGCAGCAGCAGGGAGUCAAUCUAAAGAAGUUGAGUCGUGUCUUGAGAACCAUGGAGCCGAGGAAGUCCUUUUCAAGUUCUGUUGAAAAUUCUGAAUCUGAUGUUGAGGAGAGUCAAGAAAAAUUGGCUCUGGACCUUCGCCUGUCCAGUGCCCGGGCAACGUCUGUGCCCGAAUUACUGGAGCAACUUUGGAAAGCCAAAGCUGAAAAGAAGAAGCUCCGCAAAAUGCUGCGGGAGUUUGAAGAAGCGUUUUAUCAGCAGAACGGAAGGACCGCCCAGAAGGAAGACCGUGCUCCGAUGCAAGAAGAGUACAGGGAGUAUAAGAAAAUUAAGGCCAAGCUCAGGCUCCUUGAAGUUCUCAUCAGCAAGCAAGAUUCUUACAAGUCGAUCUAAAUGCUGCUUCACCAACACCCAAAAAAGCCCAUCGGCUUCCCAGACGUUUUGUGCGUGCGUGUGUGUGUGCGUGUGUGUGUGUGUGUGUAUGUGUGAGAGUGCGUGUGAGUGCGUGUGUGUGUUUGCGAGCGUGAGCGUAUGUGUGUGUUGGGAGGGGUGUGCAGGUUUGAGAGAGAGAGAGAGAUUUUGCCUGGGGUUGAUUUCGUGUAUGUUUACCUGGUGCUUGAGUUCCUUUUGUCCUGCACUAUCCAAAGCCUCGGCUCUGUACACUUGGUCUUGGGGCCGCCACUGGUUCUAAUCCAAGGGCAAAGCAGGCUCACUCUCGGGACCAGGUCAGAUGCCCCAAGUCAGUGGAGACCAUGCUCUCGUUCUCCCUUCACCUGCCUCCCCCUCUAGCAGACAUGCCGCUCCCUUCUGUGUAUCAUAUUACUGUUCCAUCCCAUUUGCAAAAAGACUAGAACUUUAUCCUUUCAUCUGUUGAGGACUUCGGAAAUUUACAAGCUUUGUAUUACCAACAUUUUGGCAUUGUUGAAGAAUACUUAAGAUCUAGAUCUUCAUGCCGUGUCAAACUCCCCCGGUUGCCUUUUCUUACUACCAGAACAACAGGCAGAGUGAGAGAAAAGCCAACAGAAAUGAAGCCGUGGAGUGAACUGGGUUCUGUGGCCUGUCGAAAAACCGAACUGAAAUUCCUCUUCCAGCCCGGCUAGGGAACAGCGUUCGGCCCACGUCCUGCCGGUGAAGUAAGUCUGAUAUCCUUCCCCAGAAGCGAUGGGUCCUCAAACCCACAGAAUGCUCAGCUAUUCAGCGGCCACAGCUCCUGGGGGCAGGUGGCUUUCAGGCAGACUGGCGAGUGACUGUGCUUAGCACGACAAGAAACCCACCUCCACGCUCCCGGAAAAUUUGGAAAACUGAAUCGGCAUCUCACCUACCUGCCUCCGGACUUCUGUUACUGGUGUUCCUCCUUCUCGGUCAGUGUUUCAUGCCCGAGUGGUGACCGGUUGGUCUAAAUUGGAUCUCUUGCAUCUCUUCCCUCCAGAAGGUAUGCAGAGACUUGCUAAUAACUUCAGUGUAGGGGAGAGUGGAUGGCGCCCGGGCCAGGCUGGUUCUACCGGGCCCCGGCCGGCUUUGGUCCACCACAGAAUUCUCCCGUUCCCGACGCGACUGUCGGAACAAGGGCUAAUAUCACUGCAGCUUCGGAGUCCCUCGGUGCCCGGUGUUGGGGGCAGUGGGGGGUCUCCAAAUCCCGCCCACCGCAUCCCAGAGAACAGAGAGAGCAGUGGUCCGGCCUGGGGGUUUCUCGCAGAUCCUCUCCUUGGUCACACCCAGCCCCCGGUGGACCAGCGCUUCCCCGCCGCUGUUUGGGCGGCGGUCCCCUCCGUGCUCAACAAUCGUCUCAUCCACCUGUGCUGGGCCGCCCAGCAGUCGUUAAUGGCGGGCUGCGGUCAGGCAAAACCAGUCCCAAGUGUUGAUUCGUUCAUGCGCUCGUUGGCGCUUUCUGCAGUGCUAAGCCAGCUGUGGGCCCUCCCACAGGGCUUUCUGACAAGCUCCGGUCGGCACUGCUUGCUGCAGGAAAGACCCCAAAAGGACUUCUCCACCCCCGCCAUGGCCGGCACAAGGAGUGAGAGCACAGUCCUUCUCACACUCACGGGACUGUUCCGUAAGCACAUGGAAUGUGUUCAAAGUGAGUAGGAUUUCUAGUGCUUUGAAUUGUGUGUGCGUGCGUGUGUUUGCGUGCGUGCGUAUGUAUGUAAACCCUCUUCUUUUUUCUUAUUGGGUUUUUGUUGUGUUCUGUUGUUGCUUUUGGUUUUUUUCAAUGUGACGGUGGGCAUGUGGUUUGCAAAUUUGAAGAGAAGCCCUCGAAUUUGCCAUGUUUUGAUGGUUUCCUUUUUUCUUCCGCAAGAUGAUCCGUAGCAUACCUAGAGAAGUGAGCUUGGAAACUAACCCGAGACCGUUUAACCCUUUCAUCUGGCCCUGGGGUGCCGUCGCUGUGCUUGUCAGUCAGGUUUCUGUCAGGCCAUGGACAUGGGUCUCUCCCUGCAUCGACACCAGUGUGCACUCUAUGUCGUUGGACCUGAAUGCAUGUGUUCUAGGUAUGCCACAGGCCGGAUGUCAGUAUGCACUAGUUAAAUGUUUGAAAUAAUAUAUUCCUCCUUUUUAAUGUGUAGAUGGAUCUGAUUCCCCUAUUUUUCUAAGUGAGCGAGCCACCUGGUUUCCCGUGGGAGCUAACAGCCACUCCCUGGCGUGUGUAUUCUUUGGCUGUGGCUCUUGCUGCUGCCACGAAGAAUAGUGAAGCCUGCCUGGCAACUGGUUAUGCUGUUAGUGUUAUGGGUGUCCUUGUUGACCAGUAGUUGGUAGAAUUAGGCAUUUGGGGAUGUCACAGAAUUUCACCUGGAUUCAAGUAGAAACUAUAUAGAAAUAGCUCUCUGUCUCCAUAUGUCGACAUGAUAGAGAUAUGUGCAUCCACCGGCUAGAAUUGCAUUGUUUUGUCUGCCACUUCACUGUAUAGAGUUUUGUAAUAAAAGUUCCUUAAUCCUUA